AUGCCCGUCGAGCAGCUGCCAGCGACCGCAGCUGCGGUCCGCGACGAGCACGCUGAGCAGAGGGCAGACGCUCUGCGUCCGCAUUGCAGCUUCAUGCUCGCGACCGACAAUAAGUUCGGCAACGCAGUGUGUUUAGGAUGUUUGUGUCCGAUGAGGGAAUAUUUUGUUGGCCCAGCGCUUGAUUGCGACCGCCAGCGCGUGCGGGGCGCCCUCGACGCAGAAGCUCCAGGUGGGCGCAUCGCGCGCGGAGGCACCCGCGGCCGCUGGAGCGUGGCGCAGACUGAGAUUAAGAAGUUCAAGCACACCUGUUCAAGUCGGUUCCAUCUGACUCUGGCGGGGCGCUGGGGCACUGACCAGCGGCGGGCGGACUGCGUGACGCGAAGCGCAUGCAGCAACGGCGAGGCGCAGUCGGCCCGUCAGCGGGAUCGACAGAGGAGCGCGUCGCUCAUGGGCGCGCCGCUCGUCUGCCCAAUUGAG